AUGGGAUCUAACUGGGAAAGGUAUUCAGAUAAGAGACCCCGGUUCAUCAGGAGAGGAGACCUCAUCCCGGAAGCCAAGGGUUGGUUUGAGCUUGUGAGACGAUCUAUCCUUCCAGCAGCAAACAAUUCUGAGGUCAAUAUUACUCAAGCUACCAUGGUACACUGCUUGAUAAAGGGUGGAAGCAUCAAUGUGCACGAAAUUAUAGCUGAAGGAAUCCAAGAAUCAGCCGAGAAGAAGGAUUCAGGUGCUAGACUUUGGUACCCCAGCACCAUCCUUAGAUUAUGCAUGAAAGCCAAGGUAGUCUUUGAGGACAGCAAUCCAACUUGGAUAGGUCUUGGGAGAUCACUUACACUCCAACGCAUAACCCAUGUGACUCCAGCUCAACAGCAGAAAAGACCCCAUCUAAGGAAGAGGACAUCAGAAGAAGCACAAGAGGAAGAGCCUCUCCAAGGAGAACCCCAACCCACGGAAUAUCGUCAAGAAGGAUAUCAUGACCCAACCAACAUCAACUUGGGUCACAUCCGAGGAGCCAUUGAUGAUUUGUCAAGGAUAUACAUGGAAGGACAAGAACAACAAAUGCAACUUCAAUCUCAGAGAAUGGAUCGGCAAAAGGAAAUGCUAACAAAUUGGAUGAAUCAACAAAAGGAAUGGCAGAAACAGCUAAUGGAACAUCAACAAGAGCACUAUUCCCAGCUUACUCAAGCCAUCAACCAAGUGUCUGAAAGGCAAGAAAGCCAAGAUAAAUGCCUCCAGAAACUCAAUCAACGCCAGAUAAAUCAGAUGAAAGCAUUCAACGAAUUUAGUGUGCUAAAUGAAAGAAGGCAACUGCAUCGAGAAGAAUUCAACAUCAACACUCAGGCAAAGUUAAACUAUGUGGUUGAGCAUAUGCAUCACCUGCACCCUGACAUCCCAAGCUAUGAGACAGUUCGCAAGAACUUAACUGAACAAGAGGAAGGGAAGGUGAAACAGCAAAAGGAAGCAUUAAAGAAGAAGAUGGAGGAUGCCGGUUUCUGGAAAAAGUUAAUGGGGAAGCGCAAGGGGAAUGGACACUCAAUUGUCAAAGAUGUUGGUAGAAAUGACCUUGCUACUUUAAUUGAUAGUUCACAGGAAGUGGCUAAGAAGUCCUUGGAAAAAGCUACAGAGUGUGUGAGAUGCCUUGAGGAAGAUAUGGCAAAGGCUAGAGAGAAUAUGAAGUUCGGUUUUGAUGCAACUCUUAGAAAUUGUAAUGCAUUAUGGAUUAUGAAGCUGAUUCUAUGUAAAUGA